CGAUUCCGGUCGUUACUCCAGCGAGAGACCGCCGUGUCGGCAGGUUCGAGGCCCUGUUUGCGGCCGUCUUGGAAACGAAUGAGUGCGUGGUCCCGUGGGUGGAUGACGCACUUUUUCGUUCCAAAUGGCCGGCGAACAUGCCUACUCGGGCUUUCCGCAAAAAAGUGCGUCAUCCGCCCGAUAUUGACUCGCGGGGGGCCGAUCGUCGCCUAUCGCAAGAUCAAGAAGCAGUCGAUGAAGCCCUUCUCGGCAGCCGCCGCUGCUGAAACUUCGCAUGUGACGCCCUCACGUCGGCGUGCUGUAGGUGCGGGGGCGCAGCCAGUACCAGAUGCAACCCUUGGGCCGCAGGCAGCCCCAAUUGCCACACAGCCUGGGCAGGACGGAGGUAAAAUGGCGGUUUCCCCCUAGUGACCCCCCCAUGUAAGUAUAGUACUCUUGGAACCAUAACCUGUCCGUCAAGGCUCCUACUUCAUGCAAUCAUUCCAACGCAUUCCGUCGAGUCAGCACCGAUGCUGCGUCGAGCUGGUUUCAAACCGGGCCGAAUUAUAUUGAGAUUAGCUCACUAGUGCAGUAGGCAUCGUCUUUUCGGCGGUCAAAGACACGUGACCACAUUCCAAAAGAUGCUCGCUUUGCUGCUGGUGCGGCACUAAUCGUUAGAAGUCUCGAUAGGGAAGUGGGUGUGUUCGAGUGGACUGCUGCUAAUGCGCACCUCAUGGCAGUGCGUUCCUACUCUCUAAUGUUGCCUUAUUUGGCCAGUCAAAUGUGUCUCAGGCUGCAAUAAUUCGUACAGGCGAAGGGUCCCCGUCAAAGCUCCGUGAUCUAUCAGCAGAAAUGCUUGCAAACGCUAUUAAUCGGGGGGGGCACGUAAUUCUAAUGUUGGAGCCAUGCAUGGUCUCGUGCGCUGGUGCAUUUUGCAUGGACCAAGAUGGUCUAACAACAGUUCACGAUGCAUGCGCGGUACUUUGCAUUGCGGCAAGAAGAGAAGCCUGGGGUUCAUGUCUUGAGCUCAGGUUGGUCGUAGAAUGUUUGGGUAUCCGCCUUUUUCAGUUGUGCUGUUCCUUGAAUGGCCCCGAGGUAAAGCGGACUUACGGUGAAGAGCUGCUAGUUGCAAAGAUGUUUGAGUUGGUUUGGCGAUUGCGACAACAUCGCCACUGCAGUGCUUUUGAUAAGCUCUGUGAGCUUGAUGGCCACAAGUGCAUCUUAACAGCUGCGAUCUCCUAUCUAUAUGAUGCGCGUGCCACGGACCACCGAGACCUUCGUCACUAUCGUGAUGGCCCCAUUUGUGACUUACGUCCAUCAGCCCUUGACUGCUGUCUCCGCAUGAUGGAGGGUAUGGUGUUAUUUGAUAUAAAGCGAAAUGACGCAAUUGGUCGAUCUAGGGUUUCGCGGGUAGCCGAUGCCUCUCGUGGCCUCUGCGCCAGCCAGGCUUUGAGUGGAAGUGAACGACUAUCUUGCGAGGUACUCCUUGUGACGACAAAAGGUGUCAUGGGACAUUGAGCCUCCGUCCUAGCAACCCGCCCGGCCACGAUUCCCAAAUUUGAUACGUGACCGGAGGUUUAUCCUGGCUAGGAUCCCCCGGGCUCUUGGAUAUACUUGUAGUAAACCACCAAAUUUUAUUACAAGCUCAAGUUAAUGCAACUGCUCUCUUUCUCAAGUUUAUUUAUUUAUUUAUUUAUUUAUUUUUCAAGUUAUUUAUGAAGUUUUUAUUUAUUUACUUACAUCAUCAUCAUCCGGCCUAGCCCCCUAAGGUUAGUGGCUGUGCUCACAUACCAAGACUGCCCGCGCCGAAUAAUCGCAUACCAAGACUUUCCGUUCAUAUCAAUAACUCAAUAACUUUCCUCCUGAAGAUCAGAUGCUAUGAAG